GGGCGGAGGAGCAGAGGGAACGGCGGAGCCGCGAGGGGGCGGGGGGGGGGGCGGACAGGGGAGCCCCGGUAGCGCGAGCUGCGGCCCGCGCCGCUGCAGAGCCGAGAGGAUCCCGAGCCCAGGCAGCAGGUACCAUUUUGUGUGUCUUGUAAGAACUCACACUUAGACAUGCUGACGGCAGGCUUCCAGACGGCAGAGCCCCAGUAGACACCAAGAAAACCCAUGGCUCUGGUUGCAGCUUUCAACAUGACCAGUCCACAGCCUGCCAUAGAAGGAGGAAUUUCUGAAGUUGAGAUCAUCUCCCAACAAGUAGACGAAGAAACCAAGAGCAUUGCUCCUGUGCAGCUGGUGAACUUUGCCUAUCGGGACCUGCCCCUGGCUGCGGUCGACCUCUCCACCGCGGGCUCGCAGCUCCUGUCAAAUCUGGACGAAGAUUACCAAAGAGAAGGGUCUACCUGGCUGAAGCCGUGCUGUGGGAAGAGAGCAGCCGUGUGGCAGGUAUUUUUGCUCAGUGCAAGUCUCAACAGUUUCCUGGUAGCCUGUGUAAUAUUGGUGGUGAUUCUCCUGACUCUGGAACUUCUAAUAGAUAUAAAGCUUCUCCAGUUUUCCAGUGCAUUCCAGUUUGCCGGCAUAAUUCACUGGAUCAGUCUGGUCAUUCUCUCUGUGUUCUUCUCAGAGACUGUUCUGCGGAUUGUGGUGCUUGGGAUCUGGGAUUAUAUCGAGAACAAAAUAGAGGUGUUUGACGGGGCUGUGAUCAUCUUGUCCUUGGCCCCGAUGGUGGCGUCCACCGUGGCCAAUGGGCCCAGGAGCCCCUGGGAUGCCAUCAGCCUCAUUAUCAUGCUCCGGAUCUGGCGGGUGAAGAGGGUCAUUGAUGCAUACGUCUUGCCGGUGAAGGUGGAGAUGGAGAUGGUCAUCCAGCAGUACGAGAAGGCCAAGGUCAUCCAAGAUGAGCAGCUGGAGAGACUGACGCAGAUCUGUCAGGAGCAAGGGGUAACGCCCUGCCCCUUCCAGUUCUGUCCAGGGCCAAGGGCCCCACUGGUGCCUAAAGCCGCAGGAGGCCAGAACUGCAGGGCUCCCAAGGACACAUGGGGAACCGAGACCGCCGCCGAGAGCGUCGUGGAGGAGCUGCAGCCCUCGCCAGGUGCCGCGGUGAGAGACGACAUGAACAGCUACGUCAACCAGUACUACAACGGGCCCAGCAGCGACAGUGGUGUCCCAGAGCCGGCCGUGUGCGUAGUCACCACAGCGGCCAUAGACGUCCACCAGCCCAAUAGCUCCUCCGACCUCUUCUCGGUCGACGUGGCCCUGAAGCUGAGCAGCAAUGGCACCUGUGCCGGCGCCACGUCCGAGAGCGCCUCCCGCUCGACUCGCAGCUCUGUCACCCGGGCCCAGAGCGACAGCAGCCAGACGCUGGGCUCCUCCACAGACUGCAGCACCGCCCGCGAGGAGCCGUCCUCAGAGCCCAGCCCCUCUCCUAGGCCGCUGCCGCCACCGCCCCAGCAGCAGAUGGCAGAGGCCACGGUCCAGGACCUGCUGUCCUCCCUGUCGGAGGACCCCUGCCCAUCCCAGCGGGCCUUGGACCCAGCCCCUCUCACCUGGCCCAGCCCCACGGGCUCGGCCCACACCAGCCCUGAGCUGGAGCACAGGGUAAGUCUUUUCAACCAGAAGAAUCAGGAGGGCUUCACAGUCUUUCAGAUCAAGCCUGUCAUCCACUUCCAGCCUGCUGCACCCAUGCUGGAGGAGAAGUUCAGAUCUUUGGAAUCCAAAGAGCAAAAGUUGCACAGGGUCCCUGAAGCCUAGAGCCUCCAGGUGGGCUGGGUGGGAGGAGGGCAGAGAGCUAUCUGGAUGCUCUCCUAGGGUCCGGGAGGCCGCCAGGGGCCCCAUGCAGGGCCCAGGAGCCCACCUGGCCUCCCUCAGGGUGCUGCCUGCCUCCAGGGAGUUGUCACUAGGCCAGGAGGCCACACGCCUCAGACCUCAAAGCCCAGAGCUGGCGUCUCCUCUGGCCCUGCUCGGGGGAGGGUGGUGCUCGUGGCUGGGGUCUUUUUAAACCAUUUUUACAAAAACCAGCCUGUGGCCCAGCUUCAGCAGGGUAGAGUGCAGGGACCAGCCCAGCCUCUUCCGUUGCCUUCGUUCCUGGCUCCCACCCUGGACCCCUGGGAACAGCACUGUGAGCAGGGGCUGUCUAGCCCCACCCCCAAGCCGUCUUUUCCCAGAACCCUGGGCAGAGCCAACACAGUCACACAGAGACCACCGUCUGAGCCUGUCUCCUUCAUCCUCAUUCUCCCAUCUGGCAUGAGCAUUUCUGAGUCUUUUCCAGACAAAUCUAGUUUUCACCUUCACAGGACAUCAUGGGAUGA